GAGGAACACACCAACAAACAUUCUGUAAUCAUUGAAAAAAACAAUUGCUGGGAGAUUAUCGCAGAAAAGUACAACGCUUUGGGAGGAGGACGUCCGCCGCGCACGGCGCAAGGCCUGCGCACACUUUACAAGCGGCUGAAGGAGUACGGCAAGCAAGAGCUGCUCCAGUGCAAGACGACACAGGCGGACUAUCAUAGCACGGUGUCCGAAGCCACCAAGAAACUUGUGGAAAUUAUUCCUCAGUUUGGCAAUGUGUGUUUUGGAAGAGAUCUCAACGGAUUGUCAAGUGAAUCAAUACAUGCAGAGUCUGAACCGGUAAUUCAUUCUCUGCCAACGCCAUUACCAGAUCAGCAUGCCACAGUUACCGUGCAGCUAGAGUCAGAGGAGGAUGUAAAGCCUCCACCAUCCGUGCUCAUACCUCCUCAGCCCGAAGCAUCUCUAGAAGAUGGCGAGGAUCAGGAAUUUGAACAGUCCCUAGACAGAUCAUUAUCCCCG